AUGGAGAAUGAGAUCCCAAAAAACCUACAGAGAGACAUAAGUUUGAUCUCUUCACUUCCUUGCGACAUAAAUUUCCAUGGCACCAAACUAUUCAAGUACCAGGGAUGUUGGUACGACAACAAAACUCUACAAGGAAUCCUCAAUCUCCAAAGAGGUUUCGAGCCACAAGAAACCGAUAUAAUCGUGGCUUCGUUCCCCAAAUCCGGCACUACUUGGCUCAAAGCUCUCACAGUCGCACUCCUCGAGAGAUCAAAACAUUCUUCUAAUCAUCCUCUCCUGUCUGAUAAUCCUCAUGGCCUAGUACCAGUCCUCGAGCUCAGGCUAUACACCGAAACCUCAAAACCGGAUCUCACCAAUUUCUCAUCGUCCCCGAGGCUAUUCUCCACGCACGUGCCGUUCCACACUCUCCAAGAGGCUCUCAAGAACUCUUCUUGCAAGGUCGUGUACCUGUGGAGGAACGUGAAAGACGCGUUGGUGUCGCUUUGGUAUUUCGACUGCGCCAAUCUAAAGAUAGAAGAAGAGAGAAGCAUGUUACUGUUGGAGUCAAUGUUCGAGUCGUUUUGCAAAGGAGUUAGCUACUAUGGACCGUUCUGGGAACAUGUCUUGAGCUACCGGAGAGGGAGCUUAGAAGAUCCCGAGCAUGUGCUUUUCUUGAGGUACGAGGAGUUGAAGACAGAGCCUUUUGUGCAGCUCAAGAAACUUGCUGAGUUCUUGGGUUGUCCUUUUACGGUGGAAGAAGAAGAGAGAGGAUCUGUGGAAGAGAUCUUAGACCUUUGCUCAUUGCGUAACUUGAAGAAUUUGGAGGUCAACAAGACCGGAAAAACCGCUAGAGGCGUUGAUCACAAGAAUUUUUUCCGUAAAGGGGAAGUUGGUGACUUCAAAAACUAUUUGACUCCUGAGAUGGAGAAGAAAAUUGAUAUGAUCAUCGAGGAGAAAUUUCGAGGUACGGAUUUAAAAUUAUGA